GCUACGCCCCCUUGCGUCAGAUUAACUGCAAGUAAAAACUUGGGUAAACGUCACCUCGCACUAACUGGCUGUCGCUCAUAGUGAAUAACAGACAUCUGAUAAAUAUAUCGCUAUCAUUUCCUACUGUCACUGUUAGUUAUUUAUUAUUUGACCGGUACUAUGGCUGACGACAAAGAAGAUGCUGAAAUGAAACGAGCUCGAAGUCGCGAACGGCAGUUAGCUUUGGAGAACCCAAACACUGACAUUGGCUUUUGUGGCAGGAUUCUGGUUGGGCUCUCCCUCAUUCUCCUGCUGAUUACUCUGCCCAUCUCCAUAUGGAUGUGUAUUGUGGUUGUGAAGGAGUACCAGCGAGCUAUUAUUUUUCGCCUGGGGCGCCUUUUGUCAGGAGGAGCCAAAGGACCAGGCUUGUUCUUCGUCUUGCCGUGCACUGACAAUUUUAUUAAUGUGGACAUGCGCACCGUCACCUUUAACAUCCCACCACAAAAGGUUUUGACCAGAGACUCUGUGGCAGUGUGUGUUGAUGGCGUGGUCUACUACCGGGUCCAGAAUCCUACUCUGGCCGUGGCUAACGUCAGUAACGCCGAUGCUGCUACGCAGCUAUUGGCCCAAACCACCAUGAGGAAUGUCCUGAGUAGCAAGAACCUGGCAGAGAUUCUGUCUGACCGUGAAGACAUUGCACAUUUUAUGCAGGUCACUCUGGACAAUGCCACAGAUGACUGGGGAAUCGAGGUGGAGCGGGUGGAGAUCAAAGAUGUGAAACUGCCCCCUCAGCUACUGAGAGCCAUGGCAUCUGAGGCUGAGGCCACCUGCGAGGCCCGAGCCAAGGUGAUCGCAGCAGAGGGGGAGAUGAGCGCAUCGCGGGCGUUGAAGGAAGCGUCCCUGGUGAUUGCAGAGUCUCCGUCAGCCCUGCAGCUGCGCUACCUUCAGACCCUGAACACCAUCGCUGAAGAGAAGAACUCUACCAUCAUUUUCGCGCUUCCACUGGAGAUUUUGCUGAAAUUCGUCAAUACAUGAGAAAGCAUCUAAAAGAAACCCCAAAACAUAUGCACAUACUCCCAGCAUGCAUCACUGAGCACAUAUACAUGUGUAAUAAACUUAAUUGCCUCACUGUCAUUACAUCUGACAGCAGCCAGCUAAUUUUCAUAUAGGUUUAAUUUAUAACUUCUUAUUCUUUUUUUCCAACUUUAUAAUCAAAGAAAAAAGUGACACAAUCUAGGGUACCAUCUUCUAGCCCACAGGCCUUCUUUGAGAAUUUACCCUUUAUUACAAACCUUUGAAAUUUGGCAUAUUCUGUGUUCAUCUGAGCUGGAGUUGAAUAUUUGCUUUGCCUCAGGUGCUCGGUCAGCUGAGCGGGUAGCUUGAGCCAGCAGUGGCAAUGCCCCGCAGUCAUCUUGGUGUGUCUGCCAAUAAAUGACCACUGAUUCAAUGUGUUAUAUAAUAUAUAUAUAUAAAUAAUAAUAUAUAGUUUGAGUUUUUAGUCUUAGCAUAACCUUUAACUUGAAGUUUUAUUUAUUUAAUUGAGUUUUCUUUAGUUUUAGUUUUAAGUUGUUCCAAUUCAUUAAUUAAUUUGUUCAUUUAUUAUUUAUUUGCAAGUUUGUUCAUUUAAAGCUUCAGAAAGUGUCCAAGUAUCAGGAAGCUUAAACAUGAGUUUUACAAACAUUUUAAAGCAAAGUGCCCGCUGGCUGUGUGGUAUCUGGUCUUUUAUUUUGGUUGGGGUGGUUUGGUUUGGUCUGGCUGGGGUGUGUGCUUUAGAAAGUCUUAACUUAGCGCUGUCUAUUCAUCUUACAGUCUAACGUCACAUUCUAUGCACGUCCCUGUUAUAAUUUAGCAUAUUCUUUCUGUCAGGGUGUAAAUAUUUAAACAUGUUUGAAUUUAUAUAUUGUGAAAAUGACACGUUUUAGUUCUGUUUUAAUCUGUUGUUCUGCUUUCCUACUUUUAACAUAAAUGUUUGGUCUAUUUGACCAACAAGUGAUUUAUGCCUACAGCCAUGUGAAGUUUAUUGUUCUGCUGUUGCCACACAGAGGAUUUCUUUGUUAGGAAAGGGAAAGGUUGUUCGAUUUUACUUUAGUAAGUCGUGUAGUUUUGGUUUCUGUUGCGGUAACAAUAGUGACAUUUAGGGAAUAUUGAUACAUAUGGUAACACAGCCAGUAGACAACACUGUGCUGCUGUGUUCUCUAAAGACUGUUUGAUUGUUGUCCAGUGUACCAGUUUUCAUUGUAAUUUAAAUGAAUUUAUGUUUCUGUAAGAAAACCUCAGACACAUGAAUAACUUUUUGAAGUUUUGUUCAGGAUUAAUGACUGCGUUUGCUUUGUUGUUGUUUGUAGCGCACGUUCUUUUGUGCUGUAUGAUUUGAUAUGAUUUUAUUUUGAGUUAAGUGUAUAUGACUAGAAAUAAAUCUGAAAGCAUG